CCUGGAUUUCUUCGCGAGGCGCAGGAGAUGACGUCUUUCCGCUUCCGGCCGCGAGCUGGCUUUGUGGCGGCUGGUGCCUGAGGGAGCUGGGUCCUGCAGAGUGAAGAUUUAAAUUCCAAGGUCAUGGCAAAACAUCUGAAGUUCAUUGCCAGGACUGUGAUGGUACAGGAAGGGAACAUAGAAGGUGCAUACAGGACCCUAAACAGAAUCCUCACCAUGGAUGGGCUCAUCGAGGACAUUAAGCGACGGCGGUACUAUGAAAAGCCUUGUCGUCAACGACGACGGGAAAGCUACGAAACCUGUCGGCGGAUCUACAACAUGGAAAUGGCUCGCAAGAUCAACUUCUUGAUGCGAAAGAAUCGGCUGGAUCCAUGGCAGGGCUGCUGAGGCCUGUGGAUAGUAGGCCCAGUAUGAAAAUCCCUAUCCAGCUGUCUCCUUUCUUUCUCCAAUCCCAUUUUCUCUUACCUUUCUUGUAAUAAAUUCAAUCACGUAUGUGCAAGAA